CUUACUGGUAGGUGGGGCGCUGGAAAGGUGACAUUCGCGAUAAAACUGUUUCCAAGCUGUCGGACAGUGCGCUUUAUUAACAAUGUCGUCCAUUGGGAGGAGAGUGGGCAUCUUCCGAGCUGGAGUCCAGUUCCUUAGACGCAGACCCAGCCAGGUUUUCGUCCGAAAGGCAGGGGGAGGUGAACCCCACAUCGUUGCUCAGUACAGGCAGCCACCCCAGAUCACAAAGAACCAGAAGUUCCAGUCAGAGCUGCUCAGCGGGGCCAUGUGGUUCUGGAUUCUGUGGCACAUGUGGCAUGACUUAGAUGCCGUACUGGGUCAUUUCCCUUGGCCAGAUACCUCAGCAUGGACAGAUGAGGAGUUGGGAAUUCCUCCUGACAAUGAGUAAUGUGGUGUUUAGUUUAAUGUGUACAUUGUCACAUGUGCAUGGAUCUUGAAAGCAGGUUCCCCUAAACUUUCCUCCUUAGGACCUGAGCGUUCAUGAUGUACUGAGACUCAUCCGGUCUGGUUUAUUAAAAGCUGAGGAACGACGUAGACAUCUGCCAAGGAUAAGGACUGAACAAACAGAACAUUUGAUGCCCUUUUUGAUUCACAUCUAGCAACCUGUUUUAUUUGUCACUUAAUAUAUGGUCAGAAUGUAUGUAAAAACAUCUAUGAAACUUGUGAAUUAUUUUUUUCUUUGCAAAUUUAAUACAUUAAAUUUGCACUGCAGAAUA